GCGUGCAUGUGCGAGAGUAAGUCGUGCUCUUUUUCGCUCUUCCCGUCGUAGCUUGUAAUCAUGGCUGUCGCAUCGAUUUCAAAAAAACGAAAGUUCGUUGGAGAUGGAGUCUUUAAAGCUGAGCUGAACGAGUUCUUGACUCGUGAACUCGCCGAAGAUGGGUACUCUGGUGUUGAGGUUCGUGUCACUCCACAGAGGACAGAAAUUAUCCUCAUGGCUACCCACACCCAGAGUGUAUUGGGAGAGAAGGGCAGAAGAAUCAGGGAACUGACCUCUGUGGUUCAGAAAAGAUUCAACUUCAAAGAUCACAGUGUCGAGCUCUAUGCUGAAAAAGUGGCCACAAGAGGUCUUUGCGCCAUUGCUCAGGCUGAAUCUCUCCGUUACAAAUUGAUUGGAGGGCUCGCUGUCAGAAGAGCAUGUUAUGGUGUGCUCAGGUUCAUCAUGGAAUCUGGUGCUAAAGGAUGCGAAGUCGUUGUCAGUGGCAAGCUUCGAGGUCAGAGAGCCAAGUCUAUGAAGUUCGUUGAUGGACUUAUGAUUCACUCUGGUGAACCGACAAACGACUACGUGAACAGUGCCACUAGACACGUACUCCUCAGGCAAGGAGUUUUGGGCAUAAAAGUCAAGAUUAUGUUACCGUGGGAUCCAAAUGGCAAGAAUGGCCCUAAAAAACCCUUGCCUGAUAAUGUUAUUGUUCAGGAACCGAAAGAAGAAAUAAUAUACACCUCACCUGUUAGCGAGGCGAAGAUCGUUAAUCCACUUAAAGACAUGGGUGCUCCUCCUGCACCUUUACCUGCAGUAGCUUGAAUGAUUAAUUAAUUAUUUUCAAUAAAACCAAAAAAAUUGAA